AUGGCUUCGUCGUUGGAGUGUGAGGCUAAGCAGGCGGUGGAUCCGGAGGGAAUGCCACCUCUAAGCCCAACUAUAUCCUCAUUGAGCGAAGACGCAGAAACCAUGACGGGAACUCGACGGGAGCUCGACGAAGACGCUCUUUCUAUCCUAUCUAAAGAAUCUUGUCCAGACCACGCCGGGCGUAAGACAUUCACCGUCCCGAUCGACGAGCCAGCGAAGACGGUGUACGAAGCAUGGAUGGUUCUCGAUAGCGGAGGUACCAUUGACCGAGUUGCCUGGAAGACGUUCUGUGGUAUCAAGUUCGGUAGCAAAUGGAAGAGCUACAACGACGGGUUCCUGACUAUCGAACCCCUGACAUCUUACGCUCAAGAAGAGUUGGCCGAAUUGCACGAGAACGCUAUUCAAGAAUACAGUGCCAAAAGCUCUAAGAAAGGAAAAUCGUACGCCCAAGACCUCGCCAACCGGGUCUUCCGUCUCAAUGCGGGAGUGUAUAACCAAAUCCAGUUUGUCAUAGACAACAAGCUCAGGUCAACAAACAAGACUCCGUUCCGCCGGCGUGACUGGCAAGUCGUAUUUCUCGAGGAGGGCGAGUUCCAGAUGACGGAGCUACUCCCGGAGCGCAAGAAGAAGGGCCUAUUCCGUCGUCGCCAAGAGAAACCGGCCGUACUUAAAUAUUUCAUCGUCCUUCGGGGCGAGGAGGUCAAGUCGGCGAAAGAGAGGGACGGCUGGCGGACGUUCAACCCUCACUCUAACCCCUGGUGGCGGGUUGAUGGGCAGGAGACCUCUGAGGCGCGAAGAAGUCAUCGCGAUCACGUAAAGAGAGUCGACCAGGCGCUCGGUGGAAACCGUGAUCCUAUCGUUCUCAACAUGGGAAACAGGCCGAGAAUUUAG